AUGGCAUCACCAGGAGCAGCACUCCAAAGAUCCCAACUCCCCUCCAUAACUACCAAUGCUUCUCACUCUCCCUCCUCCUCCUCCUCUUCCCCUCUCCAACGCCUCUCCACUUUCAAAACCCCCUCUGCUUCCUCUCCUCCACCGUCCUCAACCACCGCAACCCCAUCUCCUUCCCCUCUAGACUCUUUCUCCAAAGACCCAAUUCUCUCCCCAUUCCUCUCCGCCUCCUUCUCUUCCACUUCCUUCUCCUCCGCUGCCCUCUCCUCUGGUUCCCCUGCCUCGACCGCCGAACACCUCCACCAUGCCAUUCGCCUCCUCGAAUCCCAACUCCGUUCUGAAGUCCUUACCCGCCAUCCCCAACUCCUCCACCAACUCUCCUCCAUUAAAGACGCUGAACUCUCCCUCUCCACCCUCCGAUCCGCCGUCUCUUCUCUCCAGUCCUCUAUCCGCCGCGUCCGAUCCGAGCUUUCUGAUCCCCAUAAUUCUAUUCAAUCAAAAACUAUUCAGCUCUCCAACUUGCAUCGAACCAACCAAGCGUUACAACACACGACUCGCGCUCUGAGGUUGUCGAAAAAGCUUCGAGAUUUAAUAUCUGCAUCAGAAUCAGAGCCUGAAAAGUUGGAUCUUGCCAAGGCAGCGCAAUUACAUUGCGAGAUCUUGACAAUGUGUAACGAGUAUGAUUUGAGAGGAAUUGAUGUGGUUGACGAAGAGCUGAAUUGGAUAAAAGAAAUUGGGGAAAAACUGCGAAGCGAAGCCAUGAAAGUGUUAGAGAGAGGAAUGGAAGGAUUGAAUCAGGCAGAAGUGGGAACUGGGUUGCAAGUUUUCUAUAAUUUAGGAGAGUUGAAGGUGACUGUGGAGCAAUUGGUGAAUAAGUAUAAGGGAAUGGGAGUGAAGAGUGUGGGUUUAGCAUUGGAUAUGAAGGCCAUUUCUGCGAGUGGCAGCGGCGGUGGCGGCGGGUAUGGGCCAGGAGGGAUAAGAGGGAGUGGGACUCCACAGAUUGGAGGAGGGGCGAAGGCAAGGGAGGCACUUUGGCAGAGAAUGGGGAAUUGUAUGGAUCGAUUGCAUUCUAUUGUUGUUGCCGUUUGGCAUUUGCAGAGAGUGUUGUCCAAGAAGAGGGAUCCAUUUACGCAUGUUUUGUUGCUUGAUGAGGUUAUUAAGGAUGGUGAUACAAUUUUAACAGACCGAGUUUGGGAGGCACUUGUGAAGGCAUUUGCAAGCCAAAUCAAGUCUGCUUUCACUGCUUCAAGUUUUGUUAAGGAGAUAUUUACUAUAGGCUACCCUAAACUCUUCUCCUUGAUAGAGAAUCUACUUGAAAGAAUCUCACGUGAUACAGAUGUCAAAGGGGUUUUACCAGCUAUUACUUUGGACGGAAAGGAACAGAUGGUUGCUGCCAUUGAAAUGUUCCAGACAGCUUUCUUGGCUCUGUGCUUAAGUCGCCUUUCAGAUCUUGUGAAUGCUGUUUUCCCAAUGUCCAGCCGUGGAAGUGUUCCUUCCAAAGAACAAAUCUCAAGAAUUAUCUCCCGUAUCCAGGAAGAGGUUGAAGCAGUUCAAUUGGAUGGGCGCUUGACUCUUCUUGUAUUGCGUGAAAUCGGCAAGGUUUUGCUCCUGCUUUCAGAACGGGCUGAAUACCAGAUAUCUGCUGGUCAUGAGGCACGCCAAAUUACAGGUCCUGCAACUGUAGCACAAGUCAAGAACUUUGCUUUGUGCCAGCAUUUACAAGAAAUUCAUACACGUAUAUCAUCUAUGAUUGCUGGGCUGCCCACUAUUGCUGCAGAUGUGUUGUCUCCUGCACUAGGUGCAAUAUAUGGGGUAGCUCGUGACUCCGUGACACCCCUGUUCAAAGCAAUGAUUGACCGUCUCGAGUCAUGCAUCCUGCAAAUUCAUGAUCAGAACUUUGGUGCUCAUGGUAUGGAUGCUGCAAUGGACAAUAAUGCUUCUCCUUACAUGGAAGAGUUGCAGGAGUGCAUUCUUCACUUUCGUACUGAGUUCUUGUCUAGGCUCUUACCUUCUUCAGCUAGUGCUACAACAGCAGGGGCAGAAACUAUAUGCAUGCAGCUUGUGAGAAGCAUUGCAUCACGGGUUUUGAUAUUCUUUAUCAGACAUGCCUCUCUUGUACGACCUCUUUCAGAAUCAGGGAAACUGAGGAUGGCUAGAGACAUGGCUGAGCUGGAGUUAACUGUAGGCCAGAAUUUGUUCCCCGUAGAACAACUUGGACCGCCAUACCGAGCACUCCGAGCAUUUCGGCCCCUUAUUUUCUUGGAGACAUCUCAGUUGGGAGCAUCUCCUCUCCUUCAAGAUUUGCCACCAAGUGUCAUACUUCACCACCUUUACACCCGAGGCCCCGAUGAAUUGGAGUCGCCACUGCAAAGGAACAGGCUUACUCCUCUUCAAUAUUCACUGUGGCUGGAUUCUCAAGGGGAGGAUCAGAUUUGGAAAGGCAUCAAAGCAACUUUAGAUGAUUAUGCUGCAAAGGUUAGAUCAAGAGGAGACAAGGAAUUUAGUCCUGUAUACCCUCUGAUGCAUCAAUUAGGGUCAUUGUUGACAGAGAAUGCCCUUGUGUCCCAAAAGCAUUAA